CAAAAGUCUAUUUGUUUGACAUUCAAAAUCCGAAUGAGUUCUCUGAAGGUGCCGUUCCUGUGGUCAGGGAGAUGGGCCCCUAUGUCUAUAAAGAGUAUAAAACUAGAGAAAUCAUCGAAUGGUCUGAGGAUAAGGAUAAAGUAAAAUACUACGAGACACUGAAGUUUGUAUUUGACCCUGAACUUAGUAAAGGCAGACUCGAUGAUAAAAUUACUCUGGUCAAUGUUCCUCUGCUAUUGAUAUUCUCGAUCAUAAACUCAGCGGUCGAGAGGUUCCCAUUGACACCAAUAGUGUCCCCUAUAGUGAACAAUGUGGUGAAUACACUACUGGUCACACAUAGGGAGCGGUUCAUCGAAACCCGUACUGUCGGCGAAGUACUAAACGGUCGCCGCAUAACAUUAUUAGACACCAUAGAUAUAGUGGCCAAACCGUUGCGUAUGUUAGGCCUACCCAUCCCUGAAUACGGUAUCUCUGCCUAUAAAUUGAAGGAUAAUAAGUACGGAUUUUUGGCCAUAAGAAACAACAGUAAAUUUGGACCCUUUGAGACAAUGACUGGUGAGAGGGGUAGAGAUAAGUUUGACAAAUACUCCACUUAUUUAGAUAAAAGUCGCUUAGGUAUAUACCGACACGUGUCAUGCGAUGCCCUCAACGGCACCGACGGCUCAUUCUUCGGCACAUUUGUGGACAGCUCUCAACCCCUCUAUCUAUUCAAUCUGCACGCAUGCCGUUCCUUUCGACUCGACUACUCCGGCGAUUCAUCGGCCAAUGGUGUGUCGGCCUAUCACUACGAAUUCCCGGACAACCUAUUCGACGGCCCGGAGUAUAAGCCGGAGAACUGGUGCUUCUGUCCCAAGGAUGUGGAUCAGCGUAAAUGUCACGGCGUGUUCGACCUCUCCCAGUGUCUGGCAGGCGUUCCCUUUGCCAUGACUUUCCCGCAUUUCCUCAAUUCGCCGCGUUUUCUAUCGGGUGUCCGGGGACUCAGUCCCGACCGGCAAAAGCAUCUGGGAUAUUUCGAUAUCGAGCCCACAUUAGGGGUAACACUGAGAGGUAGCGGACGUUUCCAGAUUAAUCUCAAACUCAGACCAUUCACAUUUGUACCCGGACUCAAUGGAUUCAAGCCAACACUUUUGCCAUAUUUAUGGAUCGAUGAGGGUGCGGAAUUGAGCGGAUUUUUAGGUUCAUUGAUAAAAGCCGGGUCCUAUUCCAUAAACGCGGCCGGGUAUGGCUUUAUACUGACGGUGCUGUUGGGAGUGGGCGUCUCUAUGAUCGGCUCAUACUUGAAGAUUAAGAUUCUGGCGUUCAUUGAGAAGUUGUCGGGACCUGACAUUGGUUUCUAUUGCUAUGAUUUGUUCCCGAUGAAUAACUACGAGUUGUACCGGAUCAUUGGUCUCAUAAUAAACGCCGUCUUAAUUAUAUUGCAUUCAAUGUUAGGUUUCGGUGUCAUAUGGGUUGGGUUCGUGGACUUAUUUGAUGACUUCAUUGCCGUAUGGUUUGCGCUGAAUAAUGACUGUCGUAUGGGUCUCCCCGUCCUCUACAGGGGGUAA